UCAUCGAAGACACGAAGAAAGCACCCUAAAAGGCACGCGCACACCUCCCAAGUCAGCUCUUAUUCGACAGAUCUCCCCGCAGGAAGGCAAACUAGUUUGAAAACUAUCAUCAAUGCGGAGACGGAACAGGGUGUUGGCCUAAGGCACGGUUCGCUUUCCAAGGAUGUGAGAGUACCAAGACUGAUGCUCAGUCGGAACUCGGAACGCAGAUUUGCUUGACUCCUCUUGCAACCUUCCAGGAGCGUUGUGGUCGCCAAUAUCGCCAAUACAAUUCCAAGCACAAGCCUCGGUGAUUGAUGGAUUUCCAAGUACUGAUAACGACGGUCCUUCGAGACCGUUAUCAGCCUGUCAUGUUUGUGGCACGGGGCGAAUACCAAGAGGUCGAGGUGUAUAAGAUGCCUUGGAGAGGUUCAUCGUUUCCAGUCGCCUGGUUCUCGUCUUUGGCCUGCUCCUUGAAUUCUUCCUUUGAGUUCUAAACUUCUGUCUCUUCGGGUUUCCUUCCCCAUUCCCAUCUCCCACAGAGCCACCAGCACAAUGGGCGAGAUCGAUCAGAUCACCACUGAGACCCGGAGGCGUCGAGAUGAUUCCACAAGCACCCCAUCUACCGAGGCUCAGGCAACGGUGCCCGGGAUGGAGGAACACAUGAUGUCGACGGAGCCAGAAGUGAAGAAGACCUUUUGGCAGCGUGUGAAAGAGCCAGGUUCAGUAUGGCAAAUCAUCAUCGCUGCCCUUUCGGCCAUAGCCAUCGGUUUGAUCGUCACUACUCAAGUCGAGGAGGUGCACCCAGCUGCCAUUGCGCUGACUGCAAUUCCUGGUACUCUAUGGCUUCGUGCGCUCAGAGCUGUCGUUCUCCCUAUGAUUGUAACUGCUAUGAUCAUGGCAAUCCAACGCCUCCGCAAGAUGACCCAGAGCGGUGGAAAGGCUGGAAAACUCGCUCGCUGGACCAUCGGGUACUACGUUGUCACCACCAUCAUCGCCGUUGCUCAUUCCUGCAUUCUCGUUGGCCUCGUCUGGUCCAAAUUGAUGCAGCCUGUUAGCGGCGACCAGCUCAAGGUAGCCGACGAGGACAAGGAGGACAUCGAAGAGAGGAAAGAAUUCGCUAUUCACGACGUUGUCGUGGACAUGUUCGAAUCCCUCAUUCCCGCCAAUGUCGUCGACGCACUCGCCACCGACAGUUUGCUGGCAGUUCUCGUCACUGCCGUCGUUAUCGGAUACGUGAUCAAGCCGGGCGGUGCGCUUAUGCGUGCCGUUGAAGAGGUCGAGGCCAUGAUCAUGCGCAUAAUCACCAUUCUGAUCUACCUUGCACCUAUCGGUGUUUUCUUCUUGAUCAUGCCCAACCUCUUUCGACUCGACAUUGCCGAAAUUGGAUUGAAUCUUGGUAUCCUUAUCGGUGGAACCUUGACUGGCAUGGCCAUUCACCUAUUCAUCAUCAUUCCCAUCAUCUUCUUUGCCGUUGUCCGAAAGAACCCAUACGCUAUGUGGAUCAAGUGCAGCCCUGCUUGGAUUACUGCCUGGGGAACCGCCUCUUCGGCUGCCACGCUGCCCGUCACCAUUCGAUGCGUUCUCGAGCGCGGCGUACCUGUUACUGUCACCAAAUUCACAGUCCCUCUUGGAUGUUUGAUCAACAUGGACGGAACGGCCAUCUAUUUCCCCAUCGUCGUUGUCUUCAUGGCCGCCACGCAAGGCAUCACGCUCCGAGUGACCGACUACAUCAUUGUCGUCUUGCUCUCCACCCUCGCUUCCAUUGGAACCACACCCAUCCCUAGCUCUAGUUUGGUCUUGACCGUCAUGAUCGCCCAGAGUGUGGGCGUGCCAAUCACGGGUAUGUACGCGGUUGUUGUGGCUAUUGAUUGGUUCUUGGAUCGUUUCCGUACCGCUGUCAAUGUCAGUUGCGACACCUUCGCGGCCAUCAUCGUCACCAAGAUCACUGGUAUUGCAGAUGAAGACAAGGACAUGCAAUACACCGAGGAGUUGAGCGCUACCUCGGAUUCGUUGCGCGAGGCUCCAGGACGAGGCGAAGAGAAGGUUUAAGCUCCGU